AUGGCGGAGGGCGGGGACGGGCCGGCCCCGGGCAGCGCAGGUCGCAACCUGAAGGAAUGGCUGCGGGAGCAGUUCUGCGACCACCCGCUGGAGCGCUGCGAGGACACCCGGCUGCACGACGCGGCCUUCGUGGGGGACUUGCCCACCCUGCGCAGCCUGCUGCAGGACGAGAGCUUCCAGAGCCGGAUCAACGAGAAGUCCGUGUGGUGCUGCGGGUGGCUGCCCUGCACCCCCCUGCGCAUCGCGGCCACCGCCGGCCACGGCCCCUGCGUCGAAUUCCUGCUGCGCAAAGGGGCCGAGAUCGACCUGGUGGACGUCAAGGGGCAGACUGCCCUCUACGUGGCCGUGGUCAACGGGCACCUGGAGUGUGCCAAGAUCCUGCUGGAGGCCGGCGCUGAUCCCAACGGCAGCCGGCACCACCGCAGCACCCCGGUGUACCACGCGGCACGGGUGGGGCGCGCCGACAUCCUGCGGGAGCUCAUCAGGUACGGCGCAGAUGUGGACGUGAACCACCAGCUGGCGAGCCGUGGGUCUGGGCAGGCGCUGCGGCCGCUGACCACGCUGGUGGUGUGUCCCCUGUACAUCAGCGCUGCCUACCACAACCUGCCCUGCUUCCGCCUGCUGCUCCAGGCGGGAGCCAACCCGGAUUUUAACUGCUGGGGGCCCAUCAACGUGCAGGGCUUCUCGCGGGGCUCGCCCGUGUGCGUGCUGGACGCCGUGCUGCGGCACGGCUGCGAGCCCGCCUUCGUGCGCCUCCUCGUUGACUUUGGAGCGGAUCUCAACCUCGUCAAGGUGGAGGCCUGGGGAGUUGAGGCCACGGGGAGGGUCAAGGUGAACGCCGAGGCGCUGGAGGUGUUCAAAGAAGCCAGGGGCCGAGCCCGGAACCUCUUGUCUCUGUGCCGCAUAGCUGUGCGGAGAAUCCUUGGCAAAUCCCGCCUGCAUCUGAUCCGUAGCCUCCCAAUCCCCGACCCCAUUAAACAGUUUUUACUCCACGAACACAGUUAAAGGGCAGCUGGCCGCUUUUGGGGACAGUUUGACUUGGUAAAUGAGUGCCCUGAUGGAGCCAAAAUCCUGCCCCUUUCCCCCCUCAUAGAGUGCACAUCAUUCCCUGCUCCUGUGGAUUUUUUUUUUUCCUCCUCCUGAUUUGGGGUGCAGUGUUGCCGUGUGUGUUUUAUUUCCCUGGGGAGAGGCUGCUGAACGUGUGUGGGUGUUGCUGGAGUAAAUACAAUAUAUCCUGUAGCUGUUGGCAAACGUGUAACCUCUGUUACUGAUCUGUGUCUCUCACACACACAGGCACACACCGGGGGGCUCUGUGGCAUUACUGUGUGGACAAAGUGUCCCUCCUUUACUGGUUAUCCCAUUACAGCGCAUAAACCCAGAAGUUCCUACCUACAGUUUGCUCCAUACCUCAUGGUAAGACCAGAGAAAACCCACCCAGAUCCAGAUAACAGGUCUGUUUUGGUUGCAUUGUGACAAAGGGAGGAAAAAAGGAUUUUUUUUUUUUUUUUUUUGAGGAACUGGGAGAUUUUGUGCUUCUAUUCACAGCAUUGCAUCCAGCAGCCUGGGCCCCUUUGAUUUCCAGUGCCUCUUCAUGCCACAGACUCCCCAAAGAGUCAUUCUUCAGGGAGUCAGCAGCCUUUUGUUGGGGUCACAGGGUCAGCCCAUGAUGUGGCCAGUGCAGAGGAAUUGUCAAAACAGCAACUUUAGAAGGAUAGAGAUGAUGGUGCCUCAGGAGCUUGGGAAAAAUCUCAAGUGAUAAUUGGUACUUGCUUUAACUUUACUGAUUUAAGUAAAGUCACUGUGUUAUGGGGUUUUUUUUGCUUGUUUGUUUUUGUGGUUUUUUGUUGUUGUUGGUUUUUUGGGUUUUUUUGUUUUGUUUUGUUUUUUGGGGGGUUUUUUUGGGGAUGAUUUCUCUUUGCUAGCUCUUCUUCCUGUGCUCAUCCAGUUGGCAAAGACAAUUUUCCAGAUGUGACCUUAAAGAUAAGAGAAUCCCAACCUGGUUUGGGUUGGAAGCGACCUUAAAGCCCACCUAGGUCCAAGCCCCUGCCAUGAGCAGGGACACCUUCCACUACCCCGGGUUGCUCCAAGCUCUGUCCCUGGACUCUAUGGAUUUGCCUCAACAGUAGUUCCAAAAUGUUCUUUUCCUAGAGACAUAAACAAAUGCAAAAGCAAACCAAAGCAGAGGCUAUUUCCAGACCUUCUCCAGGUGAGGUGCAGUGGAUGAGGAGGGGCAGUUCUGCACCGUUCCCUUCCCAGGGCUGCAGCUGGUUUUGGUUUUCCCAGUGCUGGCAGCAAGUUGUGCACUGGCGUUAUAGAGGUGUGAACAUGC